AAACAAUGUACAAAGUUUAACUUGUGAGAAAGUAACUCAUAUUGGAAACUUGUGUCAGGAUCAGGAUGACAAUGCAAAAGACCAGCAUAUGGGAAUACUGUGUCAGGAUGACAAUGCAAAAGCUGCAGACAUCAGGACGCGCUAGUAGUGAGAGGUUGUUCCCUAUGUGUGCACAAUAUUCGGAGGGCUACGCCAUGGGCGAAUGAUCCUGAUACAAGGCAAUGUUGGCAUCAGUGCAACAAGGUUCCAGAUUGAUCUGCAGUGUGGUUGCUGCACUCGUCCACGGUCUGAUGUAGCCUUCCAUUUUAAUCCACGCUUCUCUUCUUCGGAUUCGUAUGUUAUCUGUAACACCCUACGUAAGGACCAGUGGCAAGAUGAGCUCAAAUUUUCAAGGGCUCCACUUCGAAAGGGUGAACAUUUUGUGCUCUUAUUUCACUUUCUGGCUAACAAAGUUAAGGUCAGCAUUGGCGGCCAGCACUUCCUAGAUUACCCUUAUCGUUUCCCGCUGCAUGAUGUGGACACUCUGGGGAUUUAUGGAGACGUCACUUUGAAGGAGAUCUCUUUUCUCAGCAGUAAUCCAUAUCAUGAUGAAAUGACAGAUUACCCACUGUGUCAGCCACUGAAGCCUGGAAAUGCAGAUCUGGUAAGAAUAAGCCUGGAGGCAUAUGUACAAGGUUAUCAAAAAACUCCCAUUUGUAAGCCUUUGCCCUUGGGUCUGUCUGAAGGACAUAGUAUCACUGUCCGUGGUUUGGUGACAAUGAAUCCAGUAGAGUCAGUUGAUUUUAUUCUUAUUAAAUUGGCUUUAUGGAUUACCCUCCUGUUGAAAUAUAAAGACUUUAUCCCUUUUAAACUGACUGCAAAUUUUAGAGACCAGUCGUUGUGUUAUAAUUAUUUAAUGGGACAGUCGUGGGGAGAGGCACAGAAAAUCCAGACUCCUUUCUUUGUGUUCUAUGCAGAGAGGUUUUUUGAGAUACUAAUCAUUCCUGAAACCGGGGUAUUCAAGCUUGCCAUUAACGGGACCCCGCUGGGUGAUUUCUCUCCUCCUGCGCUAGACCUGAAAUCUAUUGAUCAACUGCAAAUUAAUGGCAGUGCCGUGCUGUAUACUGUACAGUGCUGACCGGCUACUGCCACCUACCUAAUGUGCCUUGCAGGCAUUGGAGAUGUGCUUGGUUGCUGGAAAACGUGUGACACUGAAGUUCAUGUAUACCUGGCUGAGCCUGAAACGAUCAUACAACCUUCAAAACUGGCUGGACCGCAGCUGGGACUAAUUUCCACUCUUCCAGGGAAUACUGUGCAAUAAUAGCAACUGAGCCCUUGUUUACAUCACUGCCCGGGGCCAUUUGUACACCUUUUAUUGUGAAAAUUAUACACCAGACAAUUUAUUUGGCUAUGAUUGUUUAAUGUUUGUGUCAUUGGACCUUGUGUGACCACGGCCUCUCCGAGAAUACUAAAUGUAACUGAUGGAUAAAUAAGGACAUGUACUUGAUCUGGCAUGUUUUAUAUUGUGCCUUUGCAAAAUGCUCUUUUCCUAAAAACACUCUAAGGGGGUCUUACUAGGCCUUGGACGGAGAUAAAGUACCAGCCAAUCAGCUCUUAACUGUCAUUUUUCAAACUCAGCCUGUGACAUGGCAGUUUGGAGCUGAUUGUCUGGUACUUUAUCUCCAUCCAAGGCUUAGUAAAUAGACCCCUUAGUUUGUUUUAAACAACUGCUAUAUGUUCUACCUAGUUACUGUAUAGAAUAAAAUACCUAAGCCUUAUUAUGCCACUUCUAUUUUUCAUAUGUAAUAGGCCAACUACUUGGGCUCUUUGUGAAAUUGUGACCAUAGUAUUCGGUGAAUGUGGCCAGGUAAGAGUUCUAGAACCAGACAUGUAACAAAUGCUGCUUCUAAUAAGUUUUAUAUUAGAUCUUGUGGUGUUCACUAAUGCAAUUUUUCAUUGGCCAUAAAUGGCUUUCUGACUGUGGGGGAGAUUGGUUGGUACCUGUCUUUCUCCAAGCUUUGAUAAAUCUGCCCCUAAAUCCUGUAUUUUUCAUAGCCACUCAGUUAACCAGCAAUGUUGUGUGUGUAAUAAUAAUAAUAAUAAUAAUAAUAAUAAUAAUAUUAUUAUUAUUAUUAUUAUUAUUAUUAUUAUUAUUAGUUUUGUUUUCCUGUCCCCUUUUUCUUUUUUUUUUCAAUUGUCAGUAAAGCUAAAUCUUUCAAGGUUGCAUAACUAACUAAUCCAGUAUUUAGUUGAUAUAGGGCCUAAUUCAGACCUGAUCAUAGAUGUGCUAAAUUUAGCACGUAGAUGUGCUAAAUUUAGCACAUCUACGAUCAGAUACACAGACAUGCGAGGGGACGCCCAGCACAGGGCUAGUCCGCCCCCCAUGUCAGGCCCGACCACCCCCCACACAAGUACAAAAAGCAUUGUACAGCUGCAAUGCUUUUGUACUUGAAGAGUAGCUACCCGUCACUGUGCUGGUUGCAGCGGCUGCGUGUGAUGUCAUGCGGCCCGCCCCCGCACGGUCCGGGCACGCCUGCGUUGCCCGGACCACGCCCCCUAAACGGUGGCCAAAUGCCGCUGGCCCGCCCCCUCCCGCCUAGCGACUGCCUCUGCCUGUCAAUCAGGCAGAGGCGAUCGUAGGGCUGAGACAGCCAUCGGCUGUCUGGCAUGCACCGGGACAUGCGCAGCUCAGACCUGAUCGGCUGCUGUGCGAAAACGCACAGCAUCGAUCAGGUCUGAAUUAGGCCCAUAGUGCAUAGGUUCUCAAACUCUGUCACCAGGACCCCAAACAGUGCAUGUUUUGCAGGUCUCCUCACAGAAUCACAAGUGAAAUAAUUAGCUCCACCUGUAGACCUUUUAAAAUGUGUCGGUGAGUAUUGAACUUACCUGUGCACCUGCUGGGUUACCUGCAAAACAUGCACUGUGUGGGGUCUUGGGGACUGAGUUUGAGAACCUAUGAUAUAGUGGGAACCAGCAAUAGCCUUCAUUUUGUGACUAGGGGGGUAAUUCAGACCAGAUCGCUGCUGUGCAUUUUCUCACAAGCUGCGAUCAGGUCUGAACUGCACCGCAAUGCGCAGGCGCGACAGACCGCAGCAACGGGGUUCGGCAGUCAGCGACGAGAUGGUGCAAAAAUUCUGAACGCACCGGCGAUCGCAAGGUGAUUGACAGGAAGAGGCCGUUUGUGGGUGGCAACUGACCAUUUCCAGGGAGUGUCUGGAAAAACGCAGGAGGGACCCAGCGUUUUGUGGGAGUGUUUCUGAUGUCAGCUCCGGCCUCAAUCCUCGCAGCGGCUGAGUACGUCCUGGGCUGAGCAGAGACUGCACAAACUGAUGUUUGUGCAACUCGCCAGCAAAAGUGAACGCACACCUGCACACACACCAUACCUUUCCCCUGUGGGCAGUGACUACCUGAUUGCAGGGAUGCAAAAAACGCACCCUAGCGAACAGGUCUGAAUUAGGCCCUAGGUUUCCUCACUAGCACACACAGUUGUGGCAUGGACGUAGUUGAGUGUUAUUUUUGGCUUGUCACCCUGUCCCUAAUUCCCAGUUAAUCAUAUCUAAUCGGCUCUGCUUACAGCAGGGUGGCUGGGGUGUGUUGUUUAACCCAUGCACAAUCCAGGUUGCAUACAUGACUGACAAAACCACUGUGCAGUGAUUCUAUAGUGCUAAUGCUGUCCCAGAAGCAACAUUGUCCUGUUACAAAUGAGUUCUGUGUACAAUUAGUAUUUCUCAAUGCCAUUUUUAUACAUAUAUUUUUGGGGUUUGUAUAUUGGAUAUUAAUAUGGAUUUUGUUGUUUGGUAAGCGAUGCAAUAAAAUAAGUGUCAGGGUUG